CGCGUUACCCCGCACUGUUAUGAUAGGUAGGUAUAAAUAUGUCAGUGUGAUGCGAUAUGAAAAUAACACGUUAUCUCACACUGUGAUACAAUGUAAACAUUGCAUUUGAUCGUUUUUUAUUGAAAUAGUACCUCUAGUCAAUUGUUUGAUUCAAAAAUCAACUUAUUCUCAAACAUACCUCGUACAGGUUAAUUUUUAUGUUCUAAUCAUAUAGCAAUUAUUUUUUUAUUUGCUAAUUUAGCUAAUUAUAGAUAACAUAUCUUUGUGCUAAUAUUUAUUCACCAGAAUAUAAUUUUUAUAUUUGUGAAUAUUUUGAGUAAACGUCUAGACACCUUUUAUAACUAUGGAUAAAUUAAAAAACCUCGCAUAUGUUUCAAAAGAAGACCAAAUAGAAUUUUUAAAAUCCUUCGACAACGUUUUUUUCGAUUUAGAUGGUGUGGUGUGGCUCAGCUAUAAACCAAUAACAGGAGCAUCGGAUUGUAUUAAUAAUUUGAAAAAAUUGAAAAAACGAGUCAAUUAUUUGACAAAUAACGCUUAUAAAUCACCACAAGAUAUAGCUAACAUUCUGAAUAAACUUAACCAUAACGUAACUUCAGAUGACAUCAUCAACCCUAUCAUAACCAUAAUUUCGUUCUUCAAAAAUAUUAAUUACAAUGAUGAAAUAUAUUUAAUAGGCUCUCCGGCAUUGAGGCAAGCGAUGGUUCAUGCUGGGCUCAAUGUAGUACCCGAAGUUUCUAUAGAAGUCGACAACGAAUUGGAGAGUUUUCUACAACAUUACGACGAAAAUAACAAAAUAAAAGCAGUUGUUGUCGAAAUUGAUCUAACUAUGACUUACAUCAAGUUACAAAAAUGUGUCUGGUAUUUGAAACAACCCGAUUGUCGACUGGUGGUAGGAAUGUCUGAUAAAUUUGUACCGGUAGCAAACAGAGGACCAAUUAUAGGCAUGCAUUAUUUCGUUGAAUGUUUGAAAGCUGCAUCUGGUAAAGAACCUAUUUACGUAGCUAAACCAUCGCAAUAUUUGGUCGAUUUUAUCAAAUUAAAAUUCAAUAUUACUAAUCCGGAUAGAACGUUGAUAAUAGGGGAUUCAAUCGAACAAGACAUGGUAACUGCAAUACGAGGGGGAUUUCAAAAAUUAUUGGUAUUAAGUGGUACAGCUACUAAGGAACAUAUUAAUAACUGGAAAUAUCCGGAAGAAAAUAAACCUGAAUAUUAUAUUGAAGAUUUAAACGUCUUAAAUACAAUAAUUAAGUCAGUUUUUCCAAAAAUUUAAUUUCCUUUAGCUCAAAGUUGUUAAAAUAAAUUAAAUAUAAAUAAAAGUUAUUGCUAUUCCUUUUAUUAACAUCCAGAGAAACUUUUGCUAAUUUACAGGCUUAUAUAUAAAAAAAAGAAGCAUUCAAUAUGACUCGGCUUCCACGAAAAAAAAAAGAA